AUGUCUUAUAACACGCUGGCCUUUUGCGUGUUCUCCUUCCUGGCUCUCUCUUCGGCCUGCUACAUCCAGAACUGCCCCAUUGGAGGGAAACGCUCCACCCUGGAUGUGGAAGUCAGGAAGUGCAUCUCCUGCGGUCCGAGAAACAGGGGCCAUUGCUUUGGACCCAACAUCUGCUGCGGAGAAGACCUGGGCUGCUACUGCACCGCAGAGACUCUGAGAUGCCAGGAAGAGAAUUUCCUGCCGACCCCUUGCGAGUCUGGGAAGAAGCCGUGCGGAAACAACGGGACCUGCGCCUCAUCGGGGAUCUGCUGCAACCAUGGCCCAGAUCCCUCCCCGGCCCACGGGGUGAUGCUCAUCGAGUCCCUGCCCGAGCGCCCCCUCCACGCCACGGAAGUGGCUUGA